AUGUUCCCCAAGCCCCUCAGUCCCACCCCAUGUUCCCCAAUAUCCCCCCUGAGCACCCCAACAACCCCAUGCACCCCAAGCCCCCCACUCCCACCACAACACCCCAACAUCCCCUAUGCUCCCCAAGCCCCCAAUGCCCCCCUGAGCAUCCCAACAUCACCCAUCCCCUCAAUGCCCCCCUGA